ACACUAGACUGGCGAAGCUGAAAAAACUGUAAGCCUACUAAUUAAGUUUAACUUUUUAAAACAAGUGAAGCCGCGGAUAAGUUGAAAGAGUAUCGUUGUGAUAUUACUUAGAACUUGUACGUUUUCUUAUUUACUUGGGGAAGCAACAUGAGGUAGAAAUGAAAUGAGUUGUCAACUCGCCUCAACUCUCCACUGUGUAGCCCACCGAAGUCUGCCACUAGAUGUCAUUCUCCGCUGUCCUUUAAUGUGAAGCGAGGUGUUUUUCUCCUCCUCCAAACCUGCAUUGAAGCCGUGUUCCAAUGAAAGCAGGUGGAAUCCCCACUUUCGACCAAUAGCGCUCUGCCCUCGCUACAAUCCUUUCGAAAAGGAUGUGUGGACUCAGUUAUGGCGCUGGCGUGAAGUUGUUGGAAACGGACAAGCCCAGGAAGCAGGAUUUUGGCACUUCUACACCAAGCCAAAGCUUAGGGCUGCCCGCUUGAAUGGAAACAAUUGAGCAGACCAUUCAUACUGGGUCAAACGUACACCUUGGGAAGCCACUUCGGCGACGUUGAUUUGAAGAGAGUGAUUUCUACAAAAGUUCCGCUGUCAAAGGCGAGCACGCAUGAGAAAUAAGAAUGACCUCGGGCUAAAAAAAACAAACAAACAAAAACAAGGCAUGGACCACAAGAGUUAGACUGAGUUCUGACUCCCCUCGAGCUGUUUGUGUUUUAAACUGAGGAGAAAGACGCAAAACAGUCACCAUGCCUGCCAAAACAAAGUACAAUUUAGUCGAUGAUGGACAAGAUUUGCGGAUUCCUUUACAUAACGAGGAAGCAUUCCAACAUGGGAUUAAUUUCGAAGCAAAGUAUAUCGGUAGUCUGGAUGUGGCUCGACCCAACAGCCGUGUGGAGAUUGUUGCGGCAAUGAGGCGGAUAAGGUAUGAAUUUAAAGUGAAGAAUAUCAAAAAGAAGAAAGUCAACAUCAUUGUGUCGGUGGACGGGGUCAAAGUAGCACUGCGGAAAAAGAAAACGAAAAAAGAAUGGACCUGGGAUGAAAGCAAGAUGAUGGUGAUGCAAGACCCAGUAUACAGGAUAUUCUACGUGUCACAUGACUCUCAAGAUCUGAAGAUCUUCAGUUAUAUAGCGAGAGAUGGACAGAGCAAUGUGUUUCGAUGUAACGUCUUCAAAUCAAAGAAGAAGAGCCAAGCUAUGCGAAUAGUGCGGACAGUGGGUCAGGCUUUUGAGGUCUGUCAUAAGCUCAGCCUGCAGCACACCCAGCAAAAUGCAGAUGGCCAGGAAGAUGGUGACACUGACAAGACAUGCACAGAUUCGGGAGUACCAGGACGGGAGCUCACAGGGGCCGAAAAGCCGGCUGCAGACGAGACAGACAUAGAUGCGGAGGAGAUUCCCCUCUCUGACAGCACAGUGGACGAGUUCAGUCGCGGAGUCACUGACCUGGAUGUGGCUAAGAAAGAGGAAGAUGUCACCAAGGACAAAAAGCCCUCUGAAGAGCCCAACAUCUUGCUGUCUUCCCCGAAGUUGCUGCUUCCUUCAGGCAGUCAGCUGCCGGCUGGUACUCCGCUGUCUGUGCACCACCAGCUCCAGCUGCUCCAGCAGCAGCUCACGCAACAGCAGCAGCAGACACAGGUGGCCAUGGCCCAGGUUCAUCUGCUGAAGGAUCAGCUCUCUGCAGAAGCUGCGGCGAGGAUUGAAGCUCAGGCUCGAGUUCACCAGCUGCUGUUGCAGAAUAAGGACCUGCUGCAGCAUAUUUCUCUCCUGGUCAAACAGGUUCAGGAGCUGGAGCUCAAGAUGGCUGGGAAUGGCUCUAUGGGAUCCCAAGAUAGUCUCCUGGAAAUCACCUUCCGUGCCAAUGUGCCCCCAGUUCUGUGUGACCCCACCACCCCGAGACCAGAGGACGCCAUCCUACCUCCACUCAACGAUGGGACACAGCUAUCCCUGCCCCUGGGCAGUCCAAUAGUGGACCAAAGCAUGUUUGAGAACUUCAACACUGUGGAACAGCCGAAGCUGAACUCUCGUCCAGCAGCCUCCUCAGACACCUCCGCCCUGGGAGGAUCCAAGACAGGAUCCCUGAAAAAUGCCCUGAACUUGGGCAAAGCCAUGGGAGCAAAGGUAAAUGACCUGCUCCGCCGAAAAGAUCCCAGCAGCCCCGGAGACAUCGGAGUCACGGAGGUGAAUAAGAACGUGGAGCCAAUGUGGUCCAGCAUGACUGAGAUGGGCCAUAGCACAGCAGGAAGCAGUCACAUCUCCCUGGAUUCCUUCCCUCGGCUAGAUCCCCCACCUCCCACAGGUAAAAAGCGUCUCCCACGGGCCUUGAAGACCACCCAGGACAUGAUGAUAUCCUCUGACCCUGUGGUAGCCUCCCCAGAAUCCUCCUUCGUCUCCUCACCUGAAAAAAUCUCCCAAGAUAAACCUGAGCUUCAGCCUGAACCAAGCCCUGAAGAGUCCGGCAUUGAGAAACCUUCAGAGCCUGGUGACUGUGUCAGCAGCCAGAUGGAGAAGACCAGUAUAGAACUAAACAAGAAGCCCACAGCUGUGGUGAUGGAUGUGGAUCAAUCACAGCUGCUGCUCUCUGUUCCAGAUCUCAUUCACAAAGACAGUCCAGACCCAAAGAAACUCACCAGCUCAGAAACUAGAAUGGCUUCCACCCCAUGUCCAGGGAACGGGGGCUGCCACAUCAGCGUCACUGAGGGGGAAUUGUUGGGGAAUGGCACAGUGGAUUACGGGACCCUUAACUUGGAGAACGAAGAAUCCCACCCUGACCUGCUGUCAUUUGAACAGGCUUGAGACCCUCAAGCGCAUUCAUUCACCAGGCUUCCAUAAUGACAACAGAGAGGCUUGAAUCCAUCAUUCAUUCUGCAUUUCAUAUUUUGCCUUUAUAGCAAAAGUACCACUGACUGUACUUAGUUAUUUUGUAGAGAUACAAAAAAAAUUUAAUCGUAGCACCAUAAUCAUUUUGAAAGACUGUAUUUUAUGUGAAUCGUUUAACAGAAACCAAAGUCAAAGCUACACUGCUUAGAAGUUUUUAAUGAGUAUUUCUUGACUUGUUUUCCAGUCAAAUGUUAGAGUGGAACUUCCAGAUCAAGUUUCUUGAAGCAACACUGCACAAGUUCUCGUUAUAGCUUAAAAAAAUAGUGAAUUUUGUCUCACUGCACUGAAAGAUUGAUUCAUUGUUUUCAGUAUAAACAAGUCUAAUGUUACAAAUUAUUUCUGUUUGACAUAUAAGUGAUGUACAGUACUUAUGAACUUUAAAUCAAAGAAUACUGAAACAAUGUAUUCAGAAUCAGCGUAUUAGAAUGAUUUCUGAAGGAUCAUGUGACACUGAAGACUAAAGUAAUGUCAUGUAUUCCAUCUUAGGAAUAAAUGACAUUUUAAACUAUAUUAGAAUAGAAAAGAGUCAUUUUAAAUUGUAAUUUCACGUAACAAUUUUUACUGUAUUUGAUCCAAUAUGAUCAAGUAUGAGACUUCUUUAAGAAACUAAUUUAUAUUAUUGAAAGCAAGUCUUAUUUAUAUAGUUGUACAUUUUAUUUGUAAAGAUUGCAUUUGUCGUCUUUGAAUGAUUUUGAGACCAUUUUACUGGAAGAUUAGAAAGAAUACUCAUUAAAAACAACAUUUUUAACAUUUUUAUACCUCCAAGGCUGUCUGUGCAGUUUCAUAAGUGGGCAGCAUUUCAUGUUUUUUUUUGUUUGUUUGUUUGUUUGUUUGUUUGUUUCAUUUGGAUUUUACAACCCUGUAAAAGUUCGGACCAUAUCUCUGAGCUUGUGCUCAAUGUCAUGAUCAGUGGCAGUAUGAGCGAGCGCACAUGGCCUUGGGUCAGUCAAUACUGCGCUAUGCACCUAACAGCAGCAGUAUGUACUGCUUCUGUGUUGUUUUUGACACUGUGACCUCAAGAUCAACCUUCCCAGUCUCAUGGAGAAAGUCUAGGAUCCUAACUUUGUAAGCAGUGGCAUAGCAAUAACAGUCAAGGUGAUGAUGGCUCGAGGAAUGUCAGUCAGCAUGAAGGUAUGCAGAAGGGUUCUGAAAGUCCCUGGAAUGCUAGAACUCAACACUAAUCUUGAUUCUUUUCCUCUUGUUUGUGUAGACAGCCUGACUCCCAUGACAUUCUCUCAGGCCUGUUGGUUUUAUUUCUUCAUCUUCAGAGAUUUCGGGCUAUUCCAAUACUAACAAUGCCACUAUUUACACUCCCGUUAUUUAUAGAGAUUUACUGUCAUCCUAUAUAUGUGUAUAGAUAUACUGAGAUGUUGAUUGUAACUCAAAGCUGAAAUGAAAUGGUUGAUAUGCAUUAUGAAAGAUGACUUAACCAAAGUUUUGAGUUGUCAUACAUGUAUUGCAAUUAUAGGAUUACUUCCUUUUGGUAACACUACCAUUGUAAAACCAUAUGUGCAAUGAUCUGUAAUGACUCAUAAUAGUGUGAACACUAAAACGAGAAUUGAGAGUAAACCAAAUUCAUGCUGAUACAUGUGCAGAUGGUGAAUCAUGAUGGACCACGUCAGAUAAGAAAGCAUAGAUUAUGAAAUACCUGUGUAUAUGUGCUGGUGAAACAACGGCUGAAUGAAGGAAAGCAAGCAUAUUUAUCUUAUUGUUUUAGACAUUUUCUCUUUUUUUUUUUAGACAUUGUUUAGUGUUUAGAAGAUUAUUGAUGGAAACUUAAAGGAAUAGUUCACCCAGAAAUGUAAAUGAGCUGAAAUUCCGCUCGCCCUCAGGCCAUCCAAGAUGUAAAUGAGUUUACUUCAUAAGAACAGGUUUGAGAAAUGGGUGCUGUCAGAAGAGUCCAAAGAGCUGAUUAAAAACAUCUCAAUACUUGUUUAGAAAUGGUUUGGGCAGUUUUUGCUUGUAAACGUUGAUAGAUCUGUGCAUAUUUCUCCCCUGAUUCAGACCAGACAGGAGAAAGUAACAUUAUGGAAAGGCAGAAUUCUGGGUAUUUUUAGCCGGAAGCAGCGGUUUGAAGUUAAAAACAUCUUGAUAGAUUUGUUUCAUACAAAUAAACAGCUUUUCACUUCAAAAUGUUAACUGAUUGACUGGAGUCGUAUUGUGAUGUUUUUUUAUCAUUCUGAUGGCACCCAUUCACUGCAGAGGAUCCAUUGGUGAGCAAGUGAUCAAAUCUGUUCCAAUAAAGAAACAAACUAAUCUAAUCAUCUUGGAUGGACAUUUUCAUUUUGGUGUGAACUAUUCUGGUAGCAUUACAGGAAUGUUAUUUAAAAUUGUUCUGUGUGAUGAUUCAUGCAUUUUAAUUUCAUAGUAGUCCCAUCAGUCAUAGUUUGUUUGAAUGAAGAAAAAAGAAUGUUGAAGGAAAAAGGCAUGUAUAUGAAGGUUUUAAGAGUGCACUGAAUUGUAUUUCAAGAGGCUGGGAAUAUUAAAGUGAUUUCCCAUUAUGGUAACUAUUUAUGACACAGUUUGGGUCUGGGUGCCUUUAUUUUCAGUAGAUGGAUCUUAUGCAACUUCUUUUUUAUUCGAGGCAGUUUAUAGAAAAUAAUUUACAGGGUCUGCACCACUAAAUGGUCUGCUUUAUGACAAGACGACAGUGAAGUACAUGAGGUUGAACCUGCAAAUUUUGGUUUACCAGAACUGAUUCAUAACCAUGAGGUUACCGUCACGUCACCCCAAAUCCAGACAAAACUGUAUAUUUCAGUCCACCCCGCCAACCAUGUUCAACUCUAGAAAUAUUUCUUAUAUUCAUGCACAUGGACAUUUAAUAAAAUUUUCUGAUCACCACAAUAUCAAGUGAAUUUAAAGCUGCUUUAAUCAUUUAAACAACUUUUUAUUAGCUGCAAAGUUACAAGUUUUGAACUACAUUUUUAAUGAUUUUUGCCAAUUUCCUCAGCUUACAUGCAAAGCACCUUUACAUUUACAUUUUUAAAUUACUUACAUUUUUAAUUCCAAAUAAUUUCAUCUGUCACUCCAAAUGCCUCAAACUUUAGAAGCAAGCCGUUAGAAAUACAUACUCAUAGUGAGUCUGGGGCAGUGGGUGGAAUCUUCACCCUCUAUCCUGUUCAGUGACCGUCUCAGGGUUUAUUGCAGUCAUAUCCUGUUUUACUGUUUCUUUUCCCAAAAUAUAACCUAUUUAUUUAUCAAUGCCAGCCAGAUGUUCUGUUUAGACCGAGUACUUAAAGCAUGAAGGUGGCUUUUAAUCUGAGAAAAAAAAAAGGUUUUGUCACAUGGGUAUCGUUGUUAGAGCAGCCCACUUCGCUCUAAACAUUUCUGACUUGUUACUGAUGUAUUACACCUAAAUAUAUUUGUGAUUCAGUACAUUAUGAAUUAAAAUUUGAUUCAGGCAAAUUA